AUGGACGCCGCUACCGCCCCUCAGAAGGUCCCUGUUAAGCUCGCGCGCGUGACCAAAGUGCUUGGCCGCACCGGUUCGCGUGGUGGUGUGAUCCAGGUCCGUGUUGAGUUCAUGGACGACACCUCGCGCAGCAUCAUCCGCAACGUCAAGGGCCCUGUCCGUGAGAACGAUAUCCUUGCUCUGCUCGAGUCGGAGCGUGAGGCUCGUCGCCUGCGCUAA